ACAGCUACUGAAUUGUCUCUUAUGAUCUGAAACCUGAACCUGGGAGACCAGACCACUGAACCUGCCAAGCAGAGAUGGACAUAAAACAAGACUUUAAUUUUUAAGACUUAAUUGCACCUAGCAAGGCACAUGACAGAAAAGUUGGAAACCAGCUCAAAGAUGGUUACAGUACCUCAAAACAGCCGAUGACUAGUUUACCAUACUGACCAUGCUGGCCUUUCUGCAGGACCAUCCUGGACCAGAGAGGAACAGUGAACUCCUACACCGUACGCAAUUCCUUUGCAAAAUACAGCUCCUGAGUACAUUCUGCUGGACACAAAAAUGUCCUAUCCUUCACAUUUCCUGAACGGGUCUGGAGCCAGCAAUGAAUCUUUGUCACCUCUCUCAGUAACGGGAGAACCCAAGCAGGACUACCCAAGUGAGGAACAAGGAAGCAAAGUGCGUUGGGCAGCUUUAUUGAUCCUCCUGGUGAUAAUCCCUACAAUUGGGGGAAACAUACUCGUCAUACUGGCAGUGUCUCUGGAGAAGAAGUUACAAUAUGCUACCAACUACUUUUUGAUGUCCUUGGCAGUGGCAGAUUUGCUCGUGGGUCUGUUUGUGAUGCCGAUUGCCCUUCUCAUGAUCUUAUUUGACAACGCCUGGCCUUUACCAACUGCCUUGUGUCCUAUCUGGCUGUUCCUUGAUGUCCUCUUUUCCACAGCUUCCAUCAUGCACCUCUGUGCCAUCUCACUUGACCGCUACAUUGCAAUUAAGAAGCCAAUCCAGGCUAGUCAGUACAAUUCAUGGGCUACAACAAUCAUCAAAAUCGUCGUGGUUUGGCUCAUUUCAAUAGGAAUUGCUAUUCCAGUCCCUAUCAGAGGCAUUGAAGAUGGAAAUGGCAACUCUACAAACAUUACAUGUGCCCUGAUGCCUGAUCGUUUUCAUUACUUCAUUCUGUACGGAUCAGUGGCUUCAUUCUUCAUUCCCCUCGCUAUCAUGAUAGUCACUUAUUUUCUGACAAUCCAAGUGCUACGCAAGAAGGCCUACUUGAUCAACAAGCCACCUAACCAUUUCACUUGGUCAACAGUGUCCACAGUAUUUCAGCGUGACACAACAUCUGCCUCAUCAACAGAAAAAGUGGCCAUGCUAAACGGCUCCAGAAAAGACAAGACUUUAUCCAAUGACAUGCCAGUCUGCAGAACAUCCACAAUAGGGAGGAAAUCCAUGCAAACAAUAACCAAUGAACAAAGGGCAUCAAAAGUUCUGGGGAUUGUAUUUUUUCUUUUCUUGUUGAUGUGGUGCCCAUUCUUCAUAACAAACAUAAGUUCAGUUCUGUGUAACUCCUGCAACCAAGAGAUUUUUCAAAAGCUUAUGGAGAUAUUUGUUUGGAUAGGAUAUGUAUCCUCAGGAGUGAACCCUCUUGUUUAUACACUAUUCAACAAAACAUUUAGAGAGGCUUUCACCAGGUAUAUCACUUGCAACUAUCGAACCACAAAGCCUAUCAAGGCCCUUAGAAAACGGUCCAGCAGGAUCUCUUUCAGAAGCUCUGUGACAGAGAAUUCCAAGUUCUUUGUCAUGCAUGGGAUGAAAAAUGGGAUUAACCCCAUUAUAUAUCAGAGCCCAAUGAGGCUGAGGAGCUCAUCCAUCCAAGCAUCAACUGUUCUGCUGGAUACAUUGCUGCUCACAGACAAUGAAGUUGAUAAAACAGAAGGUCAAGUCAGCUAUGUAUAGUGGAAUGGCAGCUAUGUCUAUAUCAUAGUGUUACUGUAUGUAUUGUUCUAGGUAACAACACAAUUGUGCUGUAAGAUGGUAUAAAUACUAUUGUUUUCUGUUAUUUAUGCAAGCAACACCUUACAAAUUUCUGUUAAUUCCUCUCCUCCAAAGUCUCCCCUAUUUUAACCCCAACCCCAUGGUGGCACUCACAGCUUCAUUCAUUCCUGAUAAAUGACUGAUGCAGAACUGUAGCCGACAGGAAAAGGGAAAUAAAUAAAAGC